CGUGGUGAUCAGACCAAAGUGAAGAAGGUCAAGUAUGAUGAAGGAGCUGAGACAGAUCCUCACUGGAGUCCAGAGAGCAGGAAGAUGAUUGAAUCUCUGGGAAAACUGGCUUUUGAUCAGCUGCAGAAAGGAAACCUGAUCUUCUAUGAAUCAGACCUGACAGAGUGUGGCAUCGAUAUCAGAGCAGCCUCAGUUUACUCUGGAGUGUUCACACAGAUCUUUAAAGAGGAGAGAGGGCUGUACCAGAGCCAGGACAAGGUGUUCUGCUUCGUCCAUCUGAGUGUUCAGGAGUUUCUGGCUGCUCUUCAUGCCCAUCAGACCUUCAUCACUUAUGGAAUCAACCUGAUGGAAGAAGAACAAAAAAAGACUUCCUUUUUAUUUAAAUUAUCUAAGACAGUAAAACUAAGAACUCUCUAUCAGAGUGCUGUGGACAAGGCCUUACAGAGUCCAAAUGGACACCUGGACUUGUUCCUCCGCUUCCUCCUGGGUCUUUCACUGCAGACCAAUCAGACUCUCCUACAAGGUCUGAUGAUAAAGACAGGAAGUAGCUCACUGACCAAUCAGGAAACGGUUCAGUACAUCAAGGAGAAGAUCAAUGAGAAUCUGUCUGUAGAGAAAAGCAUAAACCUGUUCCACUGUCUGAAUGAAAUGAAUGAUCGUUCUCUCAUCCAAGAAAUCAAACAGUAUCUAGGAUCAGGAAGUCUCUCCACAAAUGAACUGUCUCCUGCUCAGUGGUCAGCUCUGGCCUUCAUCUUAGUGACAUCAGGAGAAAAUCUGGAUGUGUUUGAUUUGAAGAAAUACUCUGCUUCAGAGGAAGCUCUCCUCAGGCUGCUGCCAGUGGUCAAAGCAUCAAACAAAGCUCUACUGAAUCGCUGUAACCUCUCAGAGAGAAGCUGUGAAGUCCUGUCCUCAGUUCUCAGCUCCCAGUCCUCUAAUCUGAGAGAGAUGGACCUGAGUAACAACAAGCUGCAGGAUUCUGGAGUGGAGCUGCUGUCUUCUGGACUGAUGAGUUCAAACUGCAAACUGGAAAUUCUCAGACUUAGAUCCUGUAACCUCUCAGGGAGAACUUGUGAAGUUUUGUCAUCAGUUCCGAGGUCCAAGUCCAGCUGUCUGAGAGAGGUUGACCUGCAGAAAAACAACCUCCAAGAUUCAGGGGAGAAGUUUCUGGCUGGUUCAGAGGGGACACUAGAAAUAUUCAAGGAGCCUGAUGGAGUCCGAUGGUUGAAACCAGGUCUGAGGAAGUAUUACUGUCAGCUCACAAUCGACAAAAACACAAUGAACAGACACCUGAAACUGUCUGAAGACAACAGGAAGGUGACAAAGAUGGAUGAGCCUCAGUUAUAUCCUGACCAUCAAGACAGAUUUGAUUACUGGGAGCAGCUGCUGUGUAGUGAUGGUCUUACUGGUCGCUGUUACUGGGAGGUCAAGUGGAAAGGAAGAGUUAAUAUAUCAGUGAGUUACAGAAGAAUCCGGAGGAAAGGAAACAUUAUGGACUGUGGGUUUGGAAUGAAUGCUCAUUCCUGGAGUUUGAGAUGUUUUGAUGAUAAAGGUUAUUCUGUCUGUCAUGAUAAGGAGGAAACAUCCCUCAUCUCCUCCUCCUUUUCCUCCGCCUCCUCCUCUGUCUCUAACAGAGUAGCAGUGUAUGUGGACCAUCCUGCUGGCAUUCUGUCCUUCUACAGAGUCUCCUCUGACUCACUGAUCCACCUCUUCACCUUCAACACCACAUUCACUGAACCACUUUAUCCUGGAUUCUGGAUUUGUCCUGGUUCCUCUCUGUUUCUGUGUUGAGUCUAAAGAGUCUCC